AUGGAACAUGCUGAUGAUGCUGGAUUCCCCGGAGGACCUACGUUGAGACAUGUGUUGACACAGUAUGAGCACCACGUGGCUCGGCGGCUAUGGGAAGGAGAGGAUCGUGGACCGUUAAAGGUCAUUACUCAUGGAUUGAAGUUGAAGAAGUUUUCUGAAGUUCCUGUGCCACAUCCUGUAGAGCGUUGGAUUCGGGAAUCUGGGCUGCUACCUCUUUCUUCGGCCUACCUCACUAUGGUUGAUGCUGGUCUCGUCUCGGCAUUUAUUGAAAGAUGGCACAGGGAGACCAGCUCAUUUCAUUUGCCAUUUGGAGAGAUGACCAUUACUUUAGACGACGUAGCUACUCUCCUUCACAUAUCACCGAAUGGUAAAUUUUUUGAUGCACCUGUGAAUAUGAGUACUAAUAAUGCUGCUAGAGCUGCACAUGAGUACUUAGGUGCAACUUGGGAGGAAUCUCUAGCUGAAAUUAAUUUUAAUAAAUGUGCCCAAUAUAGAUUGCAGUGGCUGCGUGACUUAUAUAGUCGUCUCAUUCAAACUAAUCAGUUUGAGUGUGCGGCUAGAGCAAUUUGGGCCGUUGAACUUGUUCUUCGACAUAUUGCUCCUCAACUUCCUUGUAUUCCAUCUGUCCAUGCUCCCGAAAUUCUUGUUCAGCCUCCUGAACAUCCUCGCCAAGGUCAUGAGACCAAAAACCGAAUCUAUGACAAUGCUGACGAGGUGGACAAUUUGCUUCAUUCAUUCCUCGUUAUGUUGUUGUGGGUGGAACGCUAUUGA